AUGGUCAUGGAAUCAACACCGAAAAGUGUACCCGAGGCUACGUCAGCGGGAAGUUGGAACAUGAAGGGUGACACAAGAGCUUCACACAAGAUUCGAAACUACGGCAUAUUAUUGGUCACUUUGAUAGUUCUUAGCAUACUGAUCGCAAUAUUAGUAAUAUACGUCAAUGCUCUAAGCGCAUUAGGGUACAAACAACCGCACAUAGUUUUGCUACUACCAGAUGACCUUGGAUGGAAUGACGUAGGAUGGAACAACCCAGAUCUCAAGAUGCCGAUUCUCAAUCAACUCGCCGCCGAUGGCGUUAUAUUCAAUCAGACAUAUGUUCAGCCUUCAUGUACACCAUCAAGAAGUUCACUUAUGACGGGAUUAUAUCCGUUUAAAACCGGAAAUCAGCAUCGAAUGCUGUUCGGCCUUGAGCGUAGUGGGCUUCCAUUAGAGUUUAAGUUAUUACCACAAAGUCUUAAAGAUGUUGGAUAUCUAACGCAUGCUCUCGGGAAGUGGCAUUUAGGAUUUUGUAAGAAGGAGUAUCUACCAACAAGCCGUGGCUUUGAUUCGCAUUAUGGUCAACUUGGAGGUGGAGCCUCACAUUGGACUAAAGAGACAAGCAUGUUUGCACAAGGAUAUGAUUUCCGUGACAACAGCGGAGUUGUACAAAAAAGUGACACCUAUCUCACAUUCAUGCUUGCUGAAAGAGCAGCAGAGAUAAUAAUGGGACAUUUCAAGGAAUAUCCAUUAUAUCUGCAGUUUAAUUUGGAUACGCCUGCAAAGAGUCUUGAGGUUCCACCUGAGUAUGAAGCGUUGUAUUCUGAUAUUGCAGAUAACCGAACAAGGAAAUUUUAUGGUAAGUUGUCUGUCAUGGAUGAUGCAGUUGGUACUGUGGUGGAGGCGUUGAAGACAAGAGGAAUGUGGGACGAUACGUUAUUGAUAUUCAUGAGUGACAAUGGAGCAUUAGCAACGCAGUCGGGGUCCAAUUGGCCAUUACGGGGAAUUGCUGCUACGUUGUUUGAAGGCGCUACUCGCGUACCAGCAUUUAUUCAUGGGAAACCUGGAAUUGACGGCAUAGAUAUGUGGGAGACAUUCUCCAUGGGUAAACCAUCGCCAAGAAAAGAAUUCGUCUAUAAUAUUGAUGAUUUUGAGCCUUCCCCCGGUGCUGCUAUCAGUCCAGUUUCAGACUGUAACAUCUAUGUGUUGUCAUUAGCAAUGAACAUUAACAAUCGAGCCAGAAUUCUAUUCAUCAAAAACAAGAAAUUCCUUAGUAGCCUUGCUUCUAGACUGUAUGAUCCCGAGGAAAGAAACAACACCGCCGAUCUUUAUCCAGAGAUAGUACAAGCAUUACGUACACGGUUGGAUGAAUACCGUGAGGAUUUAGUCCCGCCGAUAGACGAUACACCUGACCUAGCUGGUCUUCCGUCGAACUUUGACGGUGUAUGGUCACCUGGAUGGUGCUAA